GCGCACCCACGUCCACAUUAACCAGAACAGCUCCUGCUGCUCUCCAGUCACAGUGGAGUUUGUACGUUAAGGCGAGGUCUUUCCGUUCAAUGCUGUUUAUGUAGCAAGUUAAGAAGUAUAGUUUUUUACUUGUUUAUAUACAAAUGGAUUCCUGUGCCGAGAGAGCGGACCCUGGAGACAGCGAACAGGAUGAAGAAGAGGAUGUAUACGAAGUGGAAAGGAUUAUUGACAUGCGAGUGGAAGAUGGAGAGAUUUUAUACCGUGUGAGGUGGAAGAACUAUUCAUCAGAUGAUGACACCUGGGAGCCCAAAGCUCACCUGGAGGAUUGUAGUGAGGUGCUGCUGGCUUAUGAGAGGUCUCUGGCUGAGAAGAAACUUAAGAAAGACCCCAGCAUGAAGCUGCCUAUGAAGAGCGAACUUUUUGAUGCAAACUCUGAGAGUGACAGCGAUAAAGAUAAACUAAAAGAAUCCCCUAGUAAGAAAAAGAAAAAAAAGAAAAAACAUGCAGAGGACUCCGAGGAUGAGAAGUCUGAAAAGGACAAGAAGAAAAAGAAAAAGAAGGAGAAAUGGAAGGAGGACAAACCAUUGCCUGCUCCUGAGUCUGAUGAAGAAGAGGAAAGAGUUCCUACACUACCACCUACGAAGAAAGAUAAGUCCGCAGAUUCCAAGAAGCGAACUAUUGAAGAGGAUGAGAACGAUGACGCUCCUGCAAAGAAACACAAAAAAGAAAUCAAAGUUAAAGACGGAGGGAAGCAAAAGAAAGAAAUUGUUGAUGAAAGGAAGAAAAAAAAGGCAAAGUCAAAAAAAGAGAUUGAGUCCUCAGGUGAUGAGACAGACAAGAGUGAUGCACCGUCAGAAUUAUACACCGAUGACACUUCUUCAACAGGAAACCUCAGUGUCACAGCAAAACCUACAACUGCCAAAACCACAGAUAAGUCCUCUCGGAGUGAAAGUGGGAGUGAUCAUUCCAAGGCAAAACAGAAGAAGAACAAAUCUGAACUGAAGCUGCAAGGUUUCAAAGACUUGGUUCAGGACAAGAACCCCAAAAAGACAGAAAAUUCUGCCCUGCUGCUCAGAGAGAGUGGUCUAAACAAGUUGAAGAGCCUGACUAGCAGUAAGAGCAGCAGCAAGUCCUCUCGCAGUGAGGAUGAGCCUGAUUCCAGUGAUGCUGGGGCUACAGCAAAAGCAAAAAGCAAGCCUAAAGGUCUGGACUCGAACUCUGCUCCUCAAAAGGAUUUGUCUGUAUCUUCAUCCUCUACAGUUGUAGCCGUUCCCAGCAAGCCGAGAGAGGAGGAGCAGCUGAAGGAGCAAAAGGAAGAAACUGGAGAGAAGGGUGCUGCACCUAAUAAUCUCUUUGAGAAGUUUUUGCUCAACUGUGAGGCCAAGGAUCGUGUGCCCAGGAAACAGGCAGCUCACACACCAAAGAGUUCAGUAAAGCCUGACAAAAAAGCGAGAAAGGAAUCUCCAGUGCAGAAGACUGAGUUUGAUAAGGCAAAGGAGGGCACUAUUGCCAUGGAGGUAGAUGAAAGACCAGAAAAGAGUGCACAGGAGUCAGAAAAGAGUGACCGGUCAAAUGAACCAGUGGCCAAGAUGAAGGAGGAUGUACAGCGUGAGCAGAAAGAAGAAGAGCAACGAAGAAGGAAAGAAAGACUUGAAGAGGAGGAGGAGAAAAAGAGGAAGGAGAAGCUUGAGGAGUCUCAGAGAGAACGAAAGGGUAAAAUGGAAGAGGCACAGAAAGAGAGACAGAGACUGGCAGAGGAUGUCCGAUUAGAUUGGUUGGACAGGAGACCUGCAGUGGAGGCUAUGGCAUCUACUGAGUCGACCGAAGACUUGAGGUGGAAGGAGAGAAGAAGGAAAAGGAGGGAAGACAGCGAGUCUCGCCUCCUUGUCACUUGCGAUGACACUCAGGACUCUCAAGACCCCCUGGAACGCUCUGACAAAACACCUGACAGGGGCCCGCCUUCUCUCAAUCUUGGAGUUGAGCUGAAUCUAGACUGGAUGACACUGGAAGACUUUCAAAAACACUUGAAUGGAGAGGAUGAAAAUGUCUCUCCCCUAUCCUUAACUCCCAGUUGUUUUGUAAAUACAGCUGAGCUGCGGGAUGCUGUAAAAAAUGGGAAUUAUAUGGCUGUGAAACGUGCACUCAGUUCCAAAGAAGACUAUAACCUGGACCAGCAGGCUGUUGACCUCAUUUUUGGUCCUGUGGAGGAGGACAGCGAUGAGGCAGACCAUGCAGAAGAGGAGGAGGAAGUGUCAGAGGAAGAAAAUAUCACUGAAAUUGAUGAUUUUGUUCCAACUGAUGAGGAGGAAUCAAGUGAUGAAGAGGAGCCUACUGAAACUGGAGAUAUUUUCCAAUCCAAAGAUGGAAAUAUUCUCUGGUCCCCCAUUCCUCAAAGCAACCGACGCAAUAUUUUCGGGGCAGCACAGGAGAGGAGCCCCCGUGGGCCAACAAAGUAUGCUAUCACUCAUGCUGUUAGCAUAAAGUCAACCUUUGAGUUGUUUAUAUCAGAGGAAAUUCAAAAGAUAGUGCUAGUAAUGACUAACAAGGAGGGAUGUCGUGUGUAUGGUGACAGCUGGAGGAAAUUAGAUAAAAUAGAUUUACAGGGAUAUCUAGGACUUUUAAUUCUUGCUGGGGUCUACAAGUCCAGUAAAGAGGUUACAUCCAGUCUAUGGCAUGCUCAGACUGGGAGGGCAAUUUUUUGUGCCACCAUGCCUCUGAAGACAUUCAACCUCAUUUCGAGAGUCAUAUGUUUUGAUGAUCACAACACCAGAUCAGCACGCCGUGCCAUUGACAAACUGGCUGCCAUUCGACAGGUCUGGGAUAAGUGGGUGUGUCGCCUGCAGCGCAUGUAUAAUCCCGGCACUGAUGUGACCGUGGAUAAGUGCCUGGUAACUUUCAAAGGGCGAUGUGGAUUCAAACACUAUAUGGCAAAUAAACCUGGCAGUUAUGGAAUCAAAAUAUGGGUAGUCUGCGAUUCACAGACUAGCUACGCCUGGAACAUGCAGGUGUAUACUGGCAAUCCCGUGGAUGGCCAGCCGGAAAAGAAUCUGGGCCAGUAUGUGAUUCUCGAGGUGACCAAGGGUCUUCAGGAACACAUCAUCACUUGUGACCACUUUUUCACAUCCUAUGUUCUUGGCCAGGAGCUGCUAAAGAGGAAGCUGGCCAUGGUGGGAACCAUAAGAAAGAACAGACCAGAGCUUCCCCCUGCACUGCUGGCAACAAGAGACAGAGACCGAUUGUCCUCCCAGUUUGCGUUUACUGACACGCAUACGCUUGUCUCCUACUGCCCCAAAAAGGGAAGGAAUGUGCUUCUUAUGAGCACUUUGCAUCAGGACACUAAAGUUAGCACCACAGAAGAUAAAAAGCCCCAGAUAAUCCUCGACUACCACAAGAACAAGAGGGGAGUCGACAACCUCGACAAGGUCACCAGUGUUUACAGUUGUAAACAAAUGACAGCCCAUUGGCCCAUCACUGUGUUUUACAACAUGCUUGAUGUGUCUGCAUACAACUCCUUUGUGCUGUGGAGAGAGAUAAACCCAAAUUGGAAACAGAGAAAGUGCCACAAGAUGAGGCUGUUCCUUGAGGAGCUUGGAAGAGAACUUGUGACACCUCUAAUAAAACGGCACCAGCCUCCUCCCCGCACACCAGCCUCUGCUAGCAUUGUCAGGGAAGUCCAGAAGGGUGCAUCGACCUCUGCACAUUUACCCAAAAGGAGGAGGUGCAUAUUUUGCACAAAUGACACCAAAACCAGCACCAGGUGCCAGAAAUGCGAUGUGCAUAUUUGCAAAUCUCACAGCAUAAUAACCUGCCAGUCAUGCAAAUGAAGGCACAGACACACAGUUUCUGUAUUGUAAAACUGUAUUUUUAUUCAGUUCAAAAAUUGUAUUUUAUAAGUUCAACAUUGUUUGGAAAUAAAAUACAUGUUGUUUUUGUAAAUCAUAUUUAUUUGGUCUCUUUGACCCUUGGAUAUUCUGGCUAAUGUUUAAUGACAUAGCAGUCAGCGGUUAUCCAAAAUAAUUUGUAAUAAUUUCUGCAUAUUUUACCCAAACACAUGGCAUAAUUUCAUUAAAUAAGGUUUACUGUUCAUAAAUUAAGAAGUUUUAUUUACAUGAAGUCAUGCCAUGUUUUUGAGGUGUGUGUGUGUGGCCCCCGUGUUGGUUGAUCAGAUGCUGCCUCCUGCUUGGCAAAAGGCAUAUCACAAGUGUAAAAUGUUCACAAAUGUAUAGCUGAUCACACAGAAUGGUGUGAUCAUUUUACACUUUAUGCAUUAUAAGCAGAACAGACCGGGUCAAUUUGACCCCAGUCUGAGAUAUUCCAUUUACUUAUGUGCCUCUGAUCAGAACCAUAGUAAAAAUAAUUCUGAAUUUCUGUUUUUGUUUUGUUUUUUUUAUUUUUUUUAUUAAACUCUCAUAUGAGGUAUAAUUUUAUAUACAUUAGGUUGAUCAUACCAAAUAUUACAAAAAAGUGCAAAAUAGAAGUUAAUGUGUUUGAAACAAUCUGACUAAAAGGUGAAACAAAUAAAAAAUAGUUCAUUCUUUAUAAGCUGUCAAACACACCGGGACAGUUUGUCCCGGGAGGUAAAAGGGUGCAUAUUAAAUGGAAAGGACUGUAAAGUCUAUGUCACAAAAGUAUAAGUCUGUGUCAGAAAAGAGCCUGUUGCAUUUGUAAAAAAAAAAAAAAAGGUUUUGUUUCUCAGCC